CAACUACCAGCCCACGACCAUACCAGGCAACCACCAGUCCACGACCAUACCAGGCAACUACCAGUCCACGACCAUACCAGGCAACUACCAGCCCACGACCAUACCAGCCCACGACCAUACCAGGCAACUACCAGCCCACGACCAUACCAGCCCACGACCAUACCAGGCAACUACCAGCCCACGACCAUACCAGGCAGUUACCAGCCCACAAUAACACCAGCCCACGACUACACACACCAGGACCAUGACCACACCAGCCCAUGAACAAAUGAAUAUGAGCCAGGCAGUAGAGGAGCCAUCAGCAUGGUAGACCCUGCUGCCAUAUGGCAUCACAAAAAUUGUGACCAAGUCCCAGGUUGCUAAUCUGACUUUCUGCCUCAGUUACACACAAUUGCUGGGUCUCAAUUGUUUCUCUUACUAUUGACAACACAACAUACAUACUAUUAUUGAGACUUAAGACCAAGAGGAAAGACCAUCAGCUUGGUUGUGAAGACUGGAGUUGAAGACAUCAAUAACACAUUGGAGAAAGAGGACAGAGAACAAAGGGUGUCACUGAGCAACUGGUCACACUUUUGAGAAGAUAUUGAUUCUAUAAGUUACUGUUUGGUACUAACACAAAGUCUUCUUUAACUGUUAAUAGAUAAUUUACUUCAGUUUAUUUACUCAGUAGAAACAGUUGGAUGAAAUACUUUAUGGCUCUCCACCUUUUGUUAUUAUAAGGUCGGUGUUGAGUUGUACUGUUGUUCUUAACUCAUUCAUGUGUGUUAGCCGUGAUUACUCUUUGGUAGCUCUCCAAGUAGCAUGGUCUCAAAAGAUGUUAUGCAAUAAGUUUAUCUUGUCCACUUAGAACAAUAAGAUUUAUACAUAUUUUCAGGGAAUUUAUUUUCAUACAUACUGUAAGUUGAGUUGAGUACAGUAAUUAUUUUUUUCAAGGUUGGUUUUCUUAUAUCUAAAAAUAUUUAAUUUGAAUAAAGCAAAAACUAGUUGAUGACGUAACAAUAAUGAAAAGACUUAUUUGAGUUGACUCCAAAUUAUUCCAUGCUUCAUACAAGACCUGGGUGAGAAGCUGCCUCAUUAUUAUGAUACAGGUACACUGUCUGGAUUGAGACUCAUCAGUGUGUAUCAUAACUUAAUAUUUGUAUCCCGUACCAAGAAUUAGCCUCGGUGUUGUGGGUUUAUAAGUUUCAAUAUAAGUUUGACCUAAAUACUGUACAGUACAGUAUUAUAAGAAAUGGAAAACAAUAAAUCUUACUGUUCUUGUACUGAAUGUGGAAGAGUUUUUGCUUACCAGUCCUAUCUAACUGAUCAUAUGAAGACACACAUAGAUGAGAAGCCUUCUAAGACUCACAUUGAUGGAAACGUAAAAAAUACAAUGAUUCAGCCGAGUCAGGGUUGCCAGGUGAGUGUUCGUCUGAUACACCCUUGUAAUGCUUGUGGCAAAACAUUUUCUCACAGGUCAAACUUAAUGCAGCACAUGAAAGUACAUACUCCUGAUAGACCCUACAACUGUUGUGAAUGUGGCAAAACAUUUUCUCGCAGGUCAAACUUAAUGCAGCACAUGAAAGUACAUACUCCUGAUAGACCCUACAGUUGUUGUGAAUGUGGGAAAACAUUUCCUAGAAAGUCGUCUUUAAGUAAACACAUAGUUGUACAUUCCAGCAAUAAGCCUUUUAAAUGUAAUGAGUGUGGAAAGUCUUUUUCUACGAAGUCAGCAAUAUUCCUGCAUAAUAGUCUACACACUGGUGAAAAGCCAUUCAAGUGUGCAGUGUGUGGAGAAUCUUUUUAUCAAAAGUUUAAGUUAACUGAUCAUCAUCGGCAACAUCAUUUGUGUGAUGGAUCCUUCACUUGUAAGGAGUGUGGGAAAAGUCAUGUAGGAGAGUGUGGAACUGCCCGUCCAACUGGGGACAACAAGACUCCUACAAGUGAGAAUGACAAAAACGAGACAUUUAGUGAUGUUGACCACACCAAUACACUGAAUGUUAAUGUACUGAACAAAUGUGAUAUUUGUGGCAGAACUUGUUCCUGUCGAUCAAGUCUCCAGCUUCAUAUGAGGACACACGUUCGAGAGAAACCCUUGAAGUGCAGUUUGUGUAAGAAAACCUUUACCCAGAAAUCAUCGUUAACUGAACACAUGAACCUACACUCUGGUCAUAAACCAUAUAUCUGUAAUCAGUGUGGGAAAUCAUACUCUCUGAAGUCAACCUUAAUUUUACACAUGCGAAUACACACAGGAGACAGGCCAUUCAAAUGUUUGGAAUGUGGAGAAAACUUUUAUCAGAAGUCAAAGUUAACUAAUCAUAAGCGACUGUAUCAUUUUCAUGACAGACCUUUUGGAUGUAAUAUAUGUGGGAAAACUUUUGUGGAAAAGUGUGAAUUAGAUGAACAUCUGAUUAAGCAUGGUAUUGUUAACUUGGCUGGAAGUUCUGGGCCGACAUCACCGUGUCAAGCCACCGCCACCGUCGAUAGAACUCGGAAGAAAUAUAUCAUAAAACCUAAAGAAAUACAGAAAAGUACUGAUGUAUAUUCAGAACCUCCUCCAGACUGUGUUGGUUCAGUCAAAACAGAACAUGACAGUAUAGAGUAUUCAGCUGUGUCCCCUUCAGAACAUUUGUGUUUUGUGAAGACUGAAGAUGAUAUGGUAGAAUAUUAUACAAAUUCAAUACAAAUAGAAAGUGAUCCUUUGGAAGUGAAGACUGAAGCAAACUCCUGACGACUGUGUAGUUUAUCAUUAGAAAUGUGAGAAAAAUGAUGUACUGGUCAGUGUAACUCAGUGCUCAGGACUGUGUGUUGACCAGCAGUUAUUGGUUCUUUCUUUUGACUUUAAAAACAUUGUACUGUUAUUGAUUCACUCUAUUAAUUCCUCAAGGAUAUGAUCAUUAUAUUCAAGAUUUCUUGUUAACUCCUGAUAAAGAUAAGGAACUCCUAUUUUUGUGUUUUGGUGUAUGUAAAUAGUGACUACAGUAUUGAGAGUACAGAAUGACUCAGUGUAGCACAGGUUGGUCAUUCAUCACUGUGGACAAGGUUUCAUCCUUCUCACUGGCAAUACUGGAUUGGUAUUACAACUACUGUACUGUAUUGUACACUAUUUAUUAAGGCAGGUACAGUUCAGUACAGUAUUCAACUUUAUUCAGAGGCUGUAUAGCUCUUUGUUGCCUUUUAUUUGCAAAUGUAUUGCCAUCUAAUGGUUCACUGAUGUCAUGAUAAAUUGUUUGCUAUUGUUAAUCCCUUUUAUUAUGUAUAGAAGUAAAAUACUACAGUACCUGUGCUAUUAAAGUUUUCCUCCAGAAUCAAAUAUAUUCCAGAGGGUAAACUGCUGUAAAAUCAUUGUCCCAUCAAUAUGCAGUUUGUGUCUGCAUGUUGAUCAUAACAGAGUGUACCUGUAGAUCUUUGUCUUUGGUUGAUGGCGAGGGAGAUUUACAAGUGAUACAACUCCAGUGUAAGAAAUUGAGUAAAAAACUAAAAUAUGAGCUUUAUGAAAUGGGCAUCAUGGCCCAUUGUGCUGGGUUAUAGGAAUAAAUAAACAAUUCUAA